AUCCAGUCCGACUCUGAACAGGGCUUGGACACAAGUGGGAAUGGCGUUCUGCGUUUUCUGACAUGGACUGAAUCCGAGUACUCCACGCCAACUCGACUGAGUGCGCUUGAGUCAGAGGGCCUGCAGGGAUAUAUGCAACUUGUUAGCGGACUAAGAACGGGAUCUGCUGUUGUGAGCGUCUCACUUAAGGAGUCUGUGUACGACAACGUUCCUAUGGCAAGAGUCCACUUACUCGUUAUGGCCAACGCCCAACUUCACCCUCCUGUGCUAUAUAUGAUACCAAAUACACUCGCAACAUUCCAUGUGCAUGUAGUUCGCUCCGAUGGUCGUGAAGGUAAGUUCCAGAAUACUUCAGCUUAUGGAUUAGAAAUUAACUUACCCUCAAAGCAUUAUUUCCUCUCGGUGACUGAUACACAUAUCGCUGAUCUGGAUCCGCCUGCCAGUGCAACGAUUAAUGCCUUGGUAUAUGGACAGACAACUGUCACUUUGCUGGACAGAAACGCUAUGGAUAACGGCACCCAGUUGUUGGCACACCACCGCCGACCUACUUCAAUUGUUAAUGUUGUUGAACCGGCCUACUUCAGGUUUACUCUCGAACCGUAUUUCAAUUCCAACGAAGCCAGCUUCUGCGUUUCCGCGUCUAUUCAAUCUUCCGCACCACAGAACCAUCUUCCAAAUCAGUGGACCCUAGAGACCGGGAAAACGUACAAACUGAUCAUCAAUGUCUUUGAUCAGAACAACCACAAAAUUUACUCUGCUGAUAAUCAACGUAUUGUAGUAAAUUUUUCUCAGCCGAAAGUUGAAUCCGGCAGAAGCAUCCCCCUUGACCAUCCAAUUUCCGGCAGUCAAGACUUGACAAUAUUCUCCUCUGUCAGCCUUCUUCCUAAAAGACUGAACCUUGCGUGGAAUCCCUCGAUGAACGACACAAUUACUGAUUUUGGUGGCGCGUAUACUCUCCAGCCCUCUGGCGGCAGCGGGGAAUAUACAUGGACAGUUCUUGAGGCUUCCCAAAAUUCCAAAGGACUGCAUAUGGAAAGUUCAACGGUUGUCAUCGUUUCCAAUAAUGGCGAACUACUUCCCCGAAAUUUCGGAACGGCUGUGAUAGUCGUUUCCGACCUUCGAAACCCAGCCACGUGCGCCUACUCCAUUGUCAAUGUAUCGCCUAUCUCGAAUCUGGCUUUUUCACGUGGCCGCGUCGAAGUAUUUUUGCCUCGCCAACCACUGUCAUUGGAUAGUGAUCGUCUAAAGUCUGCUCUCCAGACUCGACAGAUGGAAAUCGACCUUGCUGAUCUCACCGUCAGUUCAAUUCCCAAGGCUAAGUUACGCCUUCCAAUGAGCGCUUCCGAGAAAAACUCCAAUGCUAUUUUAACCAUUGGCCUUACCGCUGUCGAUGCAGAUGGCAAUCCUUUGACUGCAUGCCAUAAUCUUCCAAUCAGAAUCCAUCCUACCGAUCCAUCGAUUGUGAAGGUUUUGCCUGGCUUUUUAUACCCCCCACCGACUGCUAACCUGUCAGACCCACUACCCUGCGCCUUCUUUCGGGUAAUUGGUCUUCGUGAGGGGUUUACUGAACUCGAGGCUUCGUAUGUUGGUCCCUUGGAGGAAACUGCGAGGACUUCCUCCCUUUUCCCCGUCGCAGUUUACCGUGAUAUUAAAUUCCUGGGCAAAGUAUCAACACUGGCUGUUGCCGUCGGUUCGUCUCUACGUGUUUCGCAUAUAAGGGGCCCUCUGCCAUGGCCGCUCGACUCGUCACACUACUUCGCUGAUGUCAGAAUGUCAGCUUCGCCCCAAACGCAAAAUGCUGUACUGCCGAAACUGCUACAGGCUCCUCGUCCUGUAACGAUGGAACCAGUGCCCAGCGAAGAUGACUCUGUCUAUUCCUUUGUUUUGCGAUGUGAAGCCUCCGGUCGCUUCGAUGUGCAUGUGCUCGUAGGUAACGAGCCCAGUCGUACAAACGUAAAACCGGCUGUUCUCACUGCCCCAAUCACUUCCUUCUUCACUGAACCUCGUUCCACGGCUGCAUUUACCUGUUCUGCCACCCGGACUGCCAGCAUGUCCGUUCUCAAACAGAUCUUCUUGGAGUGCAGAAGAUACGCGUUCACACUUUUACCAUCAAAGAUCCUGGUCACAAACAAAGAACCGCUUCGCGUUGAACUCAUCAUCAAGGGUCCAUCCGGCCUUGAGCUGUUCGGUACUGACUCACUCAGGACAGUUGCUCACCUUUCCCCAACUGCUGACACCUCCGGAAGGACGAAGUCUGAAAAAAUCGUUACUGAGGUGGAACCCUCUAUCCAUUUGUCAACGAGCCUGUCUGCUACUUCUGACCUCGCUAACUAUCGCCGGCGUUCCUACUUUCACAUUACUCCCCGACUUCCGGGUGUCUCUGCGGGUAUUGUGUUAGUCAAAGUGGUCGCCAAGCACGAAUGGCCUGCUGAACAGUCUGCAGUUUUGUCUGCCUCCCUCUCGGUUCGAUUAUCACCGCCUGUCUCCAUAUAUCCUUCAAAUGACUUCCAGUUGCUUUAUCACACAAAAGCGACCGCCGACGUCCAUUUGGCUGAUGGAUCUGGAUUCUUCCACCUCAGUGCCUUUUCCGCCGACGACGAACCCAAUACCAGCACACCCAGACAGCUUUGUCUCGCAAUAAACGCCCAGCCAUCUGGAGCUGAUUCAGGGAGUACUGACCACGAGGAGAAGGAAAAUUCUGCGGCUACAGAUCAGCGACUCAUUUCAAUUGUCGGUCUCGGUUCCCUCCGCUUGUAUGCGCCAACUCAGAUUGAACUUAACACCGAGGCAUGGUCUGGUCAGGACGUUGGCUUUUGGGCAGCAUCUAAAGCUCCAGGUUCUGCCAGUAGACCUGGUAUUGCCGCCUUUCGCGUGCGCGGUCAAGCGGUUGGUUCUACACGACUCAGGGUACGAUCAGAUGUCAACAUUGGACUAAUCGGAGCAGGUGUCCUUAGCAAUGCGGCGGAGAUUAAUAUUUUCUCCCCCUUGCGACUCGAGCCAUGCAACUUUAACCUCUUGCUUGGUGGGGCCUAUGAAAUCAACGCCUUUGGCGGUCCGCAGCCGCGGAGCCUUGAUUUUAGCGUUUCUGGCAGCGGCCAACAGUCCUUGGAAGUACAACUUUCUUCCAUCUCAACUACAGAGAAUGGCGUCCUGGUUCGAGCAGGUUUGGGUUCUACCGGGACCGUUGUAGUCAAGGCCAAGGCUUUCAGCACCACCGGCUACGCCAACCUUGACGUAACGGAUUUCGAUUUUUGGAAUCUCUCUGUUCCUACUAGCGCCCUGUCCUCUGAGGUACGUUCCGUAGUGACCUAUCACCCGUUAAUAAUUAUUUAG